AUGCAAUUUCGGAUUAUUCUAUCUGUAGCUCUUGCCGAAAUCAUCAGUGUCAAAGACGUACAAGGUGUCAAAUGUUAUUAUGUUCAUUAUGUGGAUUUCAACAAACGAUUAGAUGAAUGGGUUAUGGAGGAUUGUUUGGACACUAGGAAAGUCCAAUAUCCUCGUCGUGAAGGAACGACACCAGGAACUGAUGCAGCAACACCAAAAAAGCAGGUUCCUAGUAGACCUCCUAGUCCCAGUAGUAUUAUCAUUGAACCAGUUAAUGGUAAUGCUGUGCUACAAGCUGCGCUACAAAAAAAAAUGUCUAGAAAAAGAAAGGCGACAUUUCUAGAAAAUGAAGAUUCUCAGGAUGGUCCGCCACAAGCCGCCGCAAAUACGCCAGGUCCCAGACCUACUGGCUCCCUAGUAGCGCAUCAGAAUGACGAUGUAGUCACGAGAAUGAAAAACGUAGAAUUAAUUGAACUAGGCCGUCAUAGGAUAAAACCAUGGUACUUUAGCCCAUAUCCACAGGAGAUGGUAAAUUUAAAUUGUAUAUAUAUCUGCGAGUUCUGCCUGAAAUAUAGGAAGAAUCGAAAAUGCUUGGAGAGACAUUUAGUUAAAUGUAAUCUACGUCAUCCACCCGGAAAUGAGAUAUACAGGAAAGGAUCUAUAUCAUUUUUCGAGAUUGAUGGCCGCAAGAAUAAGAAUUAUGCACAAAACCUUUGUUUGCUAGCAAAACUAUUCCUGGACCAUAAAACUCUCUACUAUGACACAGAUCCCUUUUUAUUUUAUGUAAUGACUGAAUUUGACAGCAGAGGAUUUCAUAUAGUUGGCUAUUUCUCCAAGGAGAAGGGAUCGACAGAAGAUCACAAUGUAGCAUGUAUUCUAACACUGCCACCAUACCAGAGAAGAGGUUACGGCAAGCUCUUGAUAGAAUUUUCGUAUGAGCUAUCGAAAUUCGAAGGAAAGACCGGCUCUCCCGAAAAGCCAUUGUCCGAUUUAGGUUUGCUUUCGUACCGAAGUUACUGGGCGCACACAAUACUCGAUAUCCUGUUAAAUUUAAAGCCUGUGGUGGAGAAUGAGAAACCACAGAUAACAAUAAACGAAAUUUCCGAGAUUACGUCGAUUAAAAAGGAGGACGUGAUAUCGACUUUGCAAAAUCUGAAUCUCAUUAAUUACUACAAAGGACAAUAUAUUGUGACACUAAAUAGGGAAAUUAUUGAACAACAUACAACUGCGAUGGAAAAGAGACAGAUUAGGAUAGAUCCUAAAUGUCUACAUUGGACACCGAAAACUGGAGUGUUAGGGCUAAAUGGUGAAAAAAACCCUGAAUUGACAAUAAGAUGAUGCUGAUUUGUUUUGAAAUUAUUUUUCAGGAGAUUUCCAGAAGUAAUUACAGUUGAUGAAUAUACAAAAGUUGUACAUAUAUAUAUACAUAUAUAAAUUAAUCUUUGACCUCUCAAUGGUCUAGCGUUUUAUAAGACUGUAUUUGGCAUUGUGUACGCUUAUCGCGUUGCUAUGUAGAAACUCGUCGACGUAUGCAAAUUUCGGUUGUAGAGAAUUAAGAUCAUACAACGCGAGUGAUUGCGGGGUAAAAAAUAUUAAUGUAAUGAUAUAUAUCUUAGAACCAAACGCAAUGUUUUAAUAUGGUGGUUAGAAUUUUUUUAAAGGUGCGUAAAAACGAUUGUUAUUGCUAUGCCAUGAUCGAUUUGUAUAGAAAAUCUAUCAAUCUUGUGUAGUAUUGUAAAUAAAUGUGAUUUUAUAACAUACUUACAAUUUCUCAAUAGCUCAAGUGCAUUCAAAUUUUAUAGAGAAAUAUUUGUAUAGGCUCAAUACUCAGAGUGCUGUUUAUAAUCCGUUUUUUAGUAUACAAGAAGACAAAAUGUAGACAUAUGCAUCAUACCCAUUGUGUAUAAAUAUUGUAUAAAUAUGUACACAUCUUUUCACAUUGUUAUUUAUAUAUUGUACAUUUUCCCGCGAUAUAGUUGAGGUAAUUAGAUAAUAACGAGUAUUAUAAAACAAGUACUAUAAAAACGAGUACUCAUCAAAAAUGUAUAUUGUGUAUUUGUGUGUACGAGUAUCUACACGAUACGCAAGCAAUCUUAUUUCAAAAACGAUUUUUAGCUAUCACCAUCAUUAUUGAUUGUAUCAUUAAAAUCGAGAAUGUAAAUAAUUUACUAAAUUCCUAAUAUUUUACUGAAUGCCGUCCGCGGGAUUUAUUUUUCAUUUGUAGUUUUACCACAAUCCAAAUAUCGAAUUUUUAUAGCUUAUAUAGUCGAUGUUUGUGUAUUACAAAUUUAUAGGUGAGGAGCGCCCCUUGAUGUAGAUAAUCAUGUUUUUCCUUUAUAACAGAAAGAAGAGUUAUAUAUAGUUACCACUAAAAAAAAAAAAAAAAUAAAUAAAUUUCAGCUUUUCAAUUUAUUAAUUCUUUUUUUUAAUUCUAUUUAGAACAUCUUAUACUGAAUACGUGAUUUAGAUGAUAUUUCAAUAUAUCUAUCUAAUUUAUCGUAUAUAUUUUUUAAUAAGAAAAAUAUUCUCGUAAAAAGUAUACCGAGAGUUUCUCGCGUUUACAUAUAACAUUUUAUUAAUAAAUAUAUUUUUAAUUAUUAAUAAAACUAUUGUUUACUGCAUUGUAAUAACGACCAACAUUUUUAUUUUAUGAUUAAUAAAGUUAAUAAAAUUAAUUAAAGUUUUAUGUAGAUUCAAUAUAAAUUCAAGUUAAUUUAACUCGGUUAACUGGAAAAAAUUAAGAGUUCAUACUGUGAAAUUUAUAAAAUUUAUGUAUAUAUAUCUUACUUUUUCAAAUAAAAAAGAAAAGAAAAAUUCUUAUUUUACACGGGUAUUUACAUUCCAUUACGUACUAAUUCGAGAGGAGUUUUACGUAUAGAGAAUUUCUAGCACAAUACAUUUUUAUUGCCUAUAUUACAUAAUAGAUCAGUCACGUUAUCGUCUUUAAAAAAUAGUUUGCUCGUAUGAAUAUAAAUUACAAUUUCACUUUCACUCACACACACACACAGAUUCGCGACAGACUUUGUUUCGGUGAGCGAGAAGAUAAAAGAAAACACUCUUUAGAGACACGACUUUUUAAAUACAGCAUCUUUUAUGUGUGUAUGUAUAUAUGUAUGUAUAUAGAUAUAUAUAUAGAUAUAUUUUUUUAUAUUCAACAGUAACAUCACAGUAGCUUCAUAUACAAUAAAUCUUUGUUCAUAA